AUGGCUGUGAGGGCCACGAUUCUGGUGCUGAUGGUCACCCUGGUGGUCGUCGCGUCAGCUGGAUUGCUCGAGACCCUGCUUUCGUGGGACCUGCCGGAGGUCGAGGCGAGAUCAGCCACGUCGCAGUCUAAGUGUCUGUGCCAGACUUCUGGCUGUCUGUGCUGCGUUGACCUGAACUUGACGUCCACGAUCGAUCUAGGCGGUCCAGCUUGCGUCAACAUCAAGCAAAAGGAGCAGAAUAUCUCAUUAAACUUGAGCUACGGCGAUAAUCCAAUUCACAAUGCGACGAUAAGGAUCGCGAACGCGGCCAAUAAACCGACGUGCAUGAACCUGUUGUCGGAUUUGGCGCAGAUCUGCGCGCGAUUUACGUCGGUGAAGCAAUCUGACAUCGGUGGUUACGACGGUUGCAUGGUAAUCGAGCCGGCUUUGCUGAGCACGCCGCAAGCCACGUACCACAUAGGAUGCUUCAAUUUUUAUCAGGGUGUCCGACAGGUGGAGGUCUCCGCCAUCACGGAGACGACGGAGCCCGUCGACAACGCGGACGAAGAGGAAGACACCUUGAACACCGAUGAGCUGAUCGCUGCGGUGUCCGCCAGCGCUGAACAGGGUAUCGCGCUGUUCACCCAAUGGCUGGGCCUCAAUCUGAAUCCGAAACUGAAUCUCACCAAUAAGGAGAACGGACAGCAAGAUCAUCAUCAACAGAGAACGACGAAUAGUGGACGGAUAGCAGGACCGUCAUCAACCGACGUGUCAUCGAGAUCGGCCCGGAAUAUGGCCGACGUCGUCCAGAGCGAGAAGAACGACGAGCGGUUCAAGCAACUGUUGAGCGCCCAGGACAAUGUUCUGAAGGGCUCGGCGACUAUUGGACAGCACCACGACGCGGAGACCACGUUUGUUUACUCUAGGCCGAGCGAUCUGUUGACCGAGAGAAACGCGACCGAAGAGGCCAAGAGGAAGCUCGAAGCGGAGGCCGUGGCGCCGCAGCACCGGGUCGUGGUGCCGAAGGAGUCCAGGAGGGGCGGACGGGCGUACAACAUUCAUCAGCACGUCAACGAGAUCUGAGCCCGUGUGAUCGGUACCUCAUGCAGGAGACUGCCGACGAUUCCUUCUUUUAGAGCUAGAGUGCCGCACGUAGACUAUACUCGUACAAUAUGUAUGCACGCGGAGCUGGGUGAUGAAGAGGAGGUCAUCGCUUUGUUCGACCGUCUCGGCCAUCACAGUACAUUUAACUGCGGCAAUUCAAUCCUCACGAUCAUUACAGAUCGUGAUCCUCGGUAAUAUUCCGAUAAUAUCGGUAAAUCAGCGUAUCGCAAUUUGCGGUAUGGCGCGAAACAAUAGAAUUGUAACUUCGCACCAUAAUUCAAUCUUCGGUAGCAUCUUCGGCAGGUAGCAACGCUAUCGUCGUAUCGUUUUCAUACCGUUUCACGGUACACGGAGAUGGAGGGAAAAUGGUUUUCUUUUUAACAUCAAGCUGCAUAAGAGUUGUUGACGAUUUGUUGUCUGUUAAUUAUUUUAAGAGCUACUUAUAGAAUGUCUAAAGAGAUCAUUUUCACAAACUGUAUUUCAUCUCUUAGUAGAUUAUUUUACUAAACCACAAGGUGUUGCUAAAUCUUUCUAUAAGUUUUUCCCGCUUUGGCGCAGUUUCUCGCGAUCUUUUCCUAUUAUUUGCUGUCAAAUUAAUGCGGUCAAAAUGUCGGAUUUUAUUUAUCAAAAGAGAUGGUUUAUAGUGGCGUUAGAUUACAAAUCGGAUACAUAAAUGUGUAUACAUUAUAUAUUCCUUCAUUACUCCUGAUUUGAGGACCAAUACAUAAAUUGAUCGGUAUAUAAAGUGUGACCACUUAUGAAUUUGUUUUAUUAAUAAAUACAUUCUAAAGUGAAAUUGAGAAAAAGUGAAAUGGAAAGUCUAUAAAUUCAGGCAAUCAUGUUGUGUGAACUCAAACUUGAAUAUUUUGCAGCUCGAGCUACGCAAAAUCUUGCUUCAGUAAAUUUUAUACCGGAGAAGAAUUUGAGGCUAUUUAAAGAAAUGAUUAAAUUAGUUGAAAGUAAAACCCGAUAUUUCUACAACAAGGAAUUUAUAGCUUAAAAACAAUAUCGGGACCAACGUAUAUUAACUUAAAUGGAAAAUACUCCUUGAAUAAAUUAUGUACAUGCAAAAUGGAUGUAGUGUAUUUUUUACUUUUAAAAUCCGAUAUUUUGACUGCACCAUAAUUUUAGUUACUAAUUAAAGUACAUGUCAACGAGCGAUGUUCCAAUUCAUCGUACGUGCAACUUAAUUGUUUAUACUCAGCUCCUCCA